AUUAUCCUUGUAAUUCUGCACCGCUCAAGCAGAGCUGUCCUUUUCACCACUCCAGUGAGAUCAGGGCCCAUGUGGCUGCCCUGGACUUCUCCUCUGAACUUUCCAGCUUCUUUUUCUCCCCCUCUGUUGUGGAUGGUCGCUGAAAAGGAGGAAAACAAAACAGAGAAAAUGGAGAAGCCUCAACUUUAGGUCCAGUUUAUGUUGUGUAUUCUACUGAAGAUCACCACAACCUGAAUAAUCCCAAACCCAGGUCACUUCCAUUGCUUUCCCUGUGUCAACGCAGCUGCAGGAAUGGAAAGAGGAAUUGUGAUAAAAGACGACUGGUCCGGGCACAGUCUGGACCUGUUCACCUACCCACAGCACUACCACGAGGACAUAGAGAGCAUUUAUAUCCCACACGGGGUCAUCAUGAACAGGGUCGAGCGUCUGGCCCACUACAUCAAGGACGACUUCGGGGACGGCAACAUAAUGGUGCUGUGCGUCCUGAAGGGAGGAUACAAGUUCUGUGUCGACCUGGUGGAGUUCCUCAAAAUUCUUGGCCGCAACUCGAACAAGUACCUGGAGACCCGGGUGGAGUUUAUUCGUCUGAAGAGCUACCUGAAUGACCAAUCCACAGAGGACCUGCACAUCAUAGGAAGCAGAGAUCUGUCGUUCCUGCGUGGAAAGUGUGUGCUGAUUGUUGAGGCCAUAGUUGACACAGGAAAGACCAUGAAGGCCCUUCUGAAGCAUGUGGAGACCUUUGAACCCAAGAUGGUCAAGGUCGCAGGUUUGCUGGUGAAGAGGGUCCCCAACAUGGCUGAACAUCUGACCGACUAUGUUGGAUUUGAAAUCCCCAACCGCUUUGUUGUCGGUUAUGCGCUGGACUACAAUGAAUACUUCCGUGACCUGAAUCACAUCUGUGUUAUCAGCAAGACUGGAAAGAUGAAGUACAAGAUUUGAGAGGAAUUAAAACCACGAAAUAUGCCCAGUUUUUACACAGCGGCACAAAACUACAUGUUAGGGCUUUUUGCAGCUGGAAGCUUUUUGCAUUUAAAUGUGUAUUUGUAUGUAACUUGUAUUUUUUUUUUAAGUUGCUCAUCCAAAUUUGUGGAAGGACUUCAUGACAUAGCUUUAAAUUAAAAACGAUAUGUUCCACGUGAUGUUGUGUUGCCUCGUCCACCCUUUUGGAUAAAUGAGAGAAAGAAGCGCCGCCCACCAGGAGAGGACGUUGGUGACAGAUGGAGCGAGCUUAUGGACGCUGGCAUCGCUGUGCCCGGACGACGCCCACCUCUGACUCAUGGAAAACACACAGUGGGCGCAGCAGACAGGCCGACCGGCGUCUCCACACUGACAUUUGUUUCCAACUUUAACCGGGCUCUGCUGCAGAUGGGAAACAAAAACAUAACAAUUCACCAGGCAAAACCAAAAUUGGUGAUGUGUAAGUACUUGUGUACCGAAUUCCACUCUCAUAGUUUGUCAGUAAAACUCUCUUUAUGUAUUUUAUACCACAUGUUGAGUAGAUUUCCCCCCCCCCACAUUUACUGAGCUGCCCCAAGUGACUUCAACUUUUUUCAGACACAAAAUUCUGAAAAAUGUCAGGAGCAACUGACCCAGACUCAAACUUGUUCUCACAUACAGGCCCUCUGGAAAAUUUCAGGAAAUAACCAGAGUUGAUGAAUGGCAGAGACACUAGGAAGCUGUUUUUUAAAUUCAUACUGAUGGCGGAAAGCUUCUCUGUGAUCAACUGGUUUGGAAACAGUAAUGGUCCACAAUGCAAUUACACAUGUCUGAUGUGGAAAUAUGGAGCCUCCAGUGCACAAACACUGAGAACGGUCUUUUAAGAGAUGUUGAAGAAAUCUUUGGGGGGGGGGGGUGAAGCUUUAAUGGCAGCAAAACCUUUGAAAUGUCAAAUUAAUUAAUUGUUCUUUCAUCAUAAAUUCCUCAAUUACUGUUAAGGAAAACAAUCUCUUUAUUCCACUGGUUCGUAAAUAAACAAACAUUAAGGCC